AUGCACUUGAUGCAAGCAUUGGGAAUUCAGCGAGAACCUUCAACGAUUGCCAUCACAUACCCCCCUAUUACAGGAAAAGUCACCGACAUUGACGGUCAAGGACAAACCGUCUAUCGUCGAAGGGUGUUCUGGGUUGGGAACGCAAUCCACACCAUCUUUUCCUACGAGUACUCCCGACCCCGGGUCGUCUUGGAAGAUGUCAACUAUGAGCCAGUUGAUUCGGUCGUGAGCCCCAAUACAAAGCACCUCCUCUACCUGGCCGAGGUGAUCCCCAAAAAUACUCGUACUGUAACAAGGCAAGGUGGCUGUGCUGUGAUGGACUGUGCUGGGCUGGUAGAGCGGUGGCAGGGUGGAAAGCUGUCUGGUCACAUGUCAAACCAAAAUGGGCUGGCAGAGAAGGGGGGGUGCGAAACAGUUUACAGUGCUGGCAGAGUGCCAUUCUUUACAGACAGAGUAUCAAGCAAUAAAUGGUUUUUCGAUGCCGUCUACCUAUUCCUAAGUGUUUUAUCAGUCCUGUUCCAUCUCCUCGAUGCCACCGCCGUGCUAGGCGCUCCUUGCCCUAGCCGCUGCCUCUCUGGGUGGUGUUGGUGGUGGUGUUGUCUUGCCAGUGUCAACCAGAAAGGCGUUCUCGAUUUCCGACCUUUCAACGUCUCGAAAUCCAAGAGCGCCGAGCCAACAACUUCAAAUAUCCUGUCGAUCCGCUCGGCUGCAUUGCAAUCGAUCCAGGAGCAUUUAACCAACCGGCCCUCAUCAAGCCACUAUUCUGUCAUCCCAUGGUGGUCUCUCAUCUCCAUUCCGUUCCAUUUCAUCCUUAUUCUUCUCUCAAUCGACACGCCGGAAUGUCUUGCCCAAGUCUCCCACCUCCUUGCAAUCAUUCGAGCCGUCGGUGCGGCAUUCGACACUCAUCUGACACGCGGAGCCCUGCAGAACGCCUGA